AUGAACAACGACACUCCAUCCAUCUACUUCCCCAAAGCUCGCGGCCGGUACAUCGGCGCCGACGGUCAAGAGAAGGAGUUUCUAGUCCAGAUCCUCGCCACUCCGGUCUCCCUUACUGUUGGUUUUGGCGGCAAGAUGCGUACGCUACGAGACAGGCUGCCGGACAAUACCCCUGGACAAGUUCGGCGGCUUACGAUGAUCGAGCAAGCUAGUAGGCUCAUUCCUCACAUAGCAACCGUCGCACGAUACAAUCUCCGCGAUCCUCAUUCCAAAGAUAGUUGGGCGAUGUUCUCGUACUCAUCCAUUACUCUUACCACGCGUCCGGUGGACGGCAAUCUCAACGACAUCGAGAUCGAGUACAUCGCCCGUGCAGGAACAGAUACUGUUAUUCUCACUUCCCGGGAUCCCGUAACCAUGACCAGCUAA